AUUAAAAAAGCUAAAAACUCACCUUUAUGCAGAAUCCCGAGCCAAACUACCCGCCAAUGUGGCCCAGCCAGGAAGGUCAUAUGCCGCCACAUCCUUCGAUUGUUUAUCCUGAUUUAAUCGCAGGCUUUCAAUGUGGACCUGAAUUAGCAAUUUGGCCUCGUACUCAAGUCAAUGGUUUCGUCGCCAAUCGCAUGAAUUCUCCUCGCAACGGGAAUAUUGCUCCAAAUCCGUCGAAGAAGACUCGUCGUCGUGUUGCUUCCAUGGCACAACGAAGAGCUGCGAAUAUUCGAGAGCGUCGCAGAAUGUUCAACUUGAACGAGGCUUUUGAUAAACUUCGCAGAAAAGUUCCAACGUUCGCUUAUGAAAAGCGAUUGUCGCGAAUUGAAACUUUGCGAUUGGCUAUCACGUACAUUAGUUUCAUGACGGAGCUCUUAACGGGUCAACCAGCUCAUACGCAAACGAGAUCUGCGGAUAUUUAUUCCAACAUGCAUCACACUCACGCUCAUUUGCCACAGAUUCCGAGAGAUUAUGGGAUACCUCCGUAUAACAAUCAUGCGAUCUAA